AUGGCGACGAGAUUAUCUCUCAAUGCUCGUGGUAGACUUCUACGAACACCUCUAGUAUCGGCUCGCCCGAUAGCUCUGAUACCGCGAUCAACCACCCUCCCCCGUGCCGCCUCUUUGGCACGUACGACCUUCAAUCCCACCCCAAUCACCACCCGAAAUUAUGCCAAGGGCCGCCCACAUCCACCAGGUGGUACCCACCGAAUGGAUAUGAGUGGGGAGCCUGAGAAAGCAGCUCUCGAACAAUACGGUGUCGACCUCACAGAAAAGGCCAAGGCUGGGAAACUGGAUCCUGUCAUCGGGCGGGAUGGUGAAAUCCACCGCACCAUUCAGGUCCUCUCUCGUCGGACUAAGAAUAACCCCGUCUUGAUUGGCGCCGCAGGAACUGGUAAGACCGCAGUCCUCGAAGGUCUCGCCCAGCGCAUUGUACAGGGGGAUGUCCCCGAAAGCAUCAAAAACAAACGGGUUGUGUCCUUGGACCUUGGCUCACUAAUUGCGGGUGCCAAGUUCCGGGGUGACUUCGAGGAACGCUUGAAGAAAGUGCUUAAAGAAGUGGAAGACGCGCAAGGGGGUGUGAUUCUGUUCAUUGAUGAGCUUCACACCCUGCUUGGAUUGGGCAAAGCCGAAGGUAGCAUUGAUGCCAGCAAUCUUCUCAAACCUGCUCUUUCCCGCGGCGAGCUUCAAUGCUGUGGUGCCACCACACUCAACGAGUACCGAUUGAUUGAAAAGGACGUGGCUCUUGCUCGACGUUUCCAACCUAUUCUCGUAAGCGAGCCAUCAGUGCCCUCAACUAUAUCCAUCCUGCGUGGCAUCAAAAACAAGUACGAAGUGCAUCACGGUGUCAGAAUCACCGAUGGUGCGCUAGUCGCCGCAGCAACUUACAGUAAUCGUUACAUCACCGAUCGGUUCCUGCCCGACAAAGCCAUUGAUCUGGUUGACGAAGCUGCGUCUGCUCUUCGUUUGCAGCAAGAGUCGAAGCCAGAUUCGAUCCGAGAGUUGGAGCGUGACAUCACGACCAUUCAAAUUGAGCUUGAAUCUCUGCGCAAAGAGACUGACGUCGCAAGCCGAGAGCGACGGGAGAAACUUCAAGAAGACCUGAAAACAAAGAAAGAUGAAGCCGGGGAACUCACCAAGGCGUGGGAAAAGGAGAAGGCCGAGAUUGACACUAUCAAAGGAACCAAGGAAGACUUGGAACGUGCCCGAUUUGAACUCGAAAAAGCCCAACGCGAAGGAGACUUUGCCAAGGCUGGAGAGCUGAGAUAUGCCACCAUUCCCGAGCUUGAGGCCAAACUUCCCAAAGAAGGCGCCGAACAAGACCCCGAAAACCAGACAUUGAUUCAUGACUCAGUCACCGCGGACGAUAUUGGGAAUGUCGUCUCUCGAACGACAGGAAUUCCAGUCAACAAGCUCAUGGCCGGGGACGUAGAGAAGCUGAUCCACAUGGAAGACACUCUCCGCAAAUCUGUCCGUGGCCAGGAUGAGGCCUUGUCCGCCGUUGCAAAUGCCGUCCGUAUGCAAAGAGCAGGUCUCAGUGGGGAGAACCGCCCUCUGGCAUCUUUCAUGUUCCUUGGCCCCACCGGUGUUGGAAAGACCGAGCUUUGCAAAAAGAUGGCCGAGUUCCUGUUCUCCACGGAAAGUGCAGUUGUACGUUUCGACAUGAGCGAGUUCCAAGAGAAGCACACGAUUAGCCGUUUGAUUGGCUCGCCUGCUGGAUACGUUGGAUAUGACGACGCCGGUCAGCUUACCGAAGCCGUCAGACGCAAGCCUUAUGCUGUCCUCUUGUUUGAUGAAUUUGAGAAGGCACACCGGGAUAUCUCCGCGUUGCUACUGCAGGUUCUUGACGAGGGUUUCCUGACUGACUCCCAAGGCCACAAAGUGGACUUCCGAAACACCUUGAUUGUCCUGACUUCGAAUCUUGGUGCCGAUAUCCUUGUUGGUGCCGACCCCUUAUAUUCAAUCAAGGACUCCGAUGACUCUGAACUCUCCCCGAAGAUCAAAUCAGCAGUCAUGGAUGUGGUCCAGGGUGCAUACCCCCCUGAGUUCAUGAACCGAAUCGAUGAGUUCAUCAUCUUCAAGCGUCUGUCAAAGGAUGCCUUGCGGGACAUCGUCGAUAUCCGAAUCAAAGAGCUACAGGCUCGACUAGACGACCGCCGCAUGACUCUGCAGGUCGACGAUGAAAUCAAAGACUGGCUGUGCGAGAAGGGUUAUGACCCAAGAUUCGGUGCUCGACCUUUGAACCGUCUUAUCGCCAAGGAGAUUGGAAACCGCUUGGCUGACAAGAUCAUUCGUGGCCAAGUCGUGUCUGGUCAGACUGCCCGGGUUUCCCUUGACGAAACUAAGACUGGGUUGGUCGUGACCUCCCAAGAGUAA